AUGCAAAAUCGAUUAUUGACAAAUGUAGUACCAGUUGAGCUAAGAUCCUAUGGACUUUGUAGACAUUUAAGCUCCCGAGCUUGUUUUUUCUUACACUUGUUACAUCAGGUACACUUUACUUCAUUCUUUAUAAUUAUGUUUCCGAGAAACAAUUUGUCAGAUUUUUAAUGGGGCUUCGACUACUUCGAUUUGUUUUACAUUUUACUACAAAUAUCAAAGUAUGAAAUCGUUAACUUUUGGAAAUUAUCAGGGAUAUUUUCGAGCACUUUUAAUAUUUUUCACACCAUCCGUGAUUUCAGUUGUGAGUCAUAAAGUCUGAAAUUUCCGAGAAAAUCGAUUUUUUUCCUAGAUUUGCUCAAUUGUGAUAAUUGUUCGUGAUCAUAGUGAAUUUGAAACAUACCAAAAUUUAUCGAAAGAUCCAAGUUAUAUUGUGAUUGGAUAUAUGAAAUUGAACACUAUUCCAAACUUUGUGAAUUUAAUUUAUAUUUCGAUAACCACAAUAGGUUCACCUGUGUUCUGUCUAAUUUAUCGCGAGAAAAUCAAACGAGCUGUUUCUGGUGGAAUGUCUCAAAGAACUUUGGAACAAACUAAGAGUUUUGUAAAAGGCUUGACAUUUCAGUCGAUUCUACCAUUAUCCAUAUAUUUACCAUUCAUGUCUUUUUAUUAUUUUAGUGUUUUAACAAGUAAGUUUAAUGGUAAAAUUAUUCCACUUGUAAUCAAUUUUUGAUUUCCUAGAUUAUCAGAGUGAUUUCCUUGAAUAUUUUAUGCUUCCACUGAUGUGUCUACCAAUUGUAAUUGACCCAAUAUUCAAUUUUUAUUUUAUAGUUCCUUAUCGAAAAUAUAUUACAAGAAAAUUUAGAAAAACAGAUUCAUCUGAAAGUGAGUAUUAUGAAAGACAUGAUUGAGACGAUAUUGUAGAAUAUUUUCAGAAUCUCGUAAUUCCUCAUUGACCCAAGUUUUUCAAAUUGUGAGAAGUACGAAAAUCUCAUAAAGAUCACGAUGACUUUUUUCCCGUGAUCUGUAUAGACAAAUGCAAUUAAUUGACAUUACACAUGUUAUCAGACAUCAAAACCUAUAAUCAUCAUUUCCUCCAAAAACUCUUUUGCACACGAUUUUUCAGUGAAAAAUGAACAUGCGAGAUGCUCAAUCCAUAUUUUAUCUGAUAUAUUUUGUAUUCACAUUAAUCUUCCAGGGAUUUCUAAUUUUUCUGAUAUUAUUCAAAUCUCCAAAAAGUUUUAAAUUAAUGAAAUAUUUUUUAUUGCAAACAUCGAUCAAUCAACUUUGUUUAGGACUCUUGAUAUCUUUUUUACAAAAUAGAAUAAUUGCUCAUAUUUCACCAGUUGAAAUUCGAAGUUAUGGUUUAUGUCGAUAUUUCAAUUCACAUUUUUGUUAUUUUAUUUAUAUGUUACAUCAAGUUGUUGGAGUUGCAGCUGCGACAUCAAUUUGUUUUAUGUUUUAUUACAAAUUUAUAACUUUCAAAUCGUUUUUUGUAUUUAGUAAUUCUUCUAUUUUAUGGAGAUUUCUUGUUUUUCAUUCUCUCGUAAUUUCAUCUUUUGUAAGUUAAAAAAUACCGAGAUUAGAAGUUUAUUUCAUUGAAAUUCAGGUUCUUUCUACAAUUAUUGUUUUGCGCGAUUCAGGUGAACUCCAGAAUUCUAAUGAUACUGUAGAUGGAAUCACAAUUGCAUUUUUGAAAUUGAAUGCCUUACCAAAUAAGUUGAACUUUGCUUGUAUUGCAUUAACAACAUUCGGUGCACCAAUAUUAUCAUUAAUUAUGGGUUCAAAAAUACGAAAAUUAGUGAAAUUGAAAGGAUCAGCAAAAACAAUAACACAAACUGCAAGUUUUCUCAAAGGAUUGGCUAUUCAAGCAUUAUGUCCUUUGAUUUUUUAUAUACCAGGGUUUUCGUUCUACUACUAUUGUAUUUUGACAGGUUUAGAAAAUUAGUGUUAUUAAUUUUUUUCAAGUAAAAAUGUUCAUUUCAGCUUCCGAACAUGAACUUCAACAAUAUUUUCUAACCCCAGUUGUUUGUCUUCCUGUUAUAAUUGAUCCACUCGUAACUGUUUAUUAUAUAAUACCUUAUAGAAAUUAUCUUCAAUCUUUUUUCAAAUGUUCCAAAAUCAAACAAGAUUCAAAAAAUCCAACUUCAAUAAAAAUGUAA